AUGAUUGGCAAGGCCGGUGAUGAUACCUACGGAGGGUAUCUUAUUGCGAAGCUACUCGAAAACGAUAUCGAUAUCUCUGGCGUCGAAGUGGCGCCAUACUUACCGUCCAACGAACGCGUCGUCAUGAUCGAUGAAGAAACCCACGAGAGUCGGUGUGUAUUUAGCCAUGUUAGCCAAGGGGCAACAGCGGCCUGGAAGAAGAAAGAUUUCAGCUACCCUGAGCAGUUUGGAGAUGGCGAAUGGCUGGACUUGAUCGUGGCGCAGAUGGAGAUCGAUAAGAAGGUCGUCGAGACGAUGAUUGAAACCGCUGGUCACGCUGACAUCCCAUUCUGCUUGAAUGCCGCGCCGGCGAGUCCUAUCAAUCCCACACCCUACCAGCUUAUCACACAUCUUGUGGUCAACGAGUCUGGGGCUGCGAUUCUGUUGGACUGUACGGAGGAUGAAGUGGAGGUGGACUGUCCAAAAGCUGCCAAGAGAUUUUUGAACCUUGGGGUCCAGAACGUGGUUAUCACGCUGGGUGCGAAAGGUGCAUAUUACGCCAACGCGAAAGUCAGCGGGCUCUGCGCUGGGUAUGCCGUUCCGGUUCUCGAUACCAACGGAGCAGGACUAACACAGGUGCUUAGCAACACCUUCACCGGGGCGUAUGCGGCCGACUAUGUGCGUCAGAUAUCCAGUCCAUCUGGAGAAUGGGACAUUGAGAGUGCCGUCGUUCGCGCGAAUCAAGCUGCUGCUAUCUCUAUUGGGAGUGCGGGUGCUCAGGGGCAUAUUCCCUGGGCGAAUGAGAUUGAUCUGUUUGACAUGAUGGCAGAGAUGACUCUUGACUGA